GCGGUGGCGGGUUGCGAGCACGGCGCGGGCGCGGGCGCGGGCGGGGGCGGCGCAGCGGGGCGCGGCGCGGACACGAUCCGGCGCGUGAAGGUGAAGAUGUCGUCGGUGUCCGCGCAGGGCGUCGUGGAGCGCGCGUCGGCCGAGCUGUCGCGGCGCAUCACGGGGCUGGGGCUGCGCGGGCGGCGGCGCUCGCCCGGCGUGGUGGAGCGCGUGGCCAACGCGCUCUGCGGGCCCGCCGCCGCCGCGCCCCGCGUGCCCCGCCGCCGGCGCCCGUCCCCUCGCCCCCUCGUCUGGACCCAGUACGUCCAGGAGGAACGCUUCCUCGAAAAGUUCUUCCUGUAUUUCAACUCCAACGAGCGACGGACGUUGGCUCAAGUCUGCACCAAGUGGCGCGACGUGCUGUACUCGUCGCCGCGGUGGUGGACCGGCCUGGUGGCGGUCCUCGACUGCCGCGAGCUCCGCUCGGCCACCGGCUUCUGCAUGCAGAGGUUCUAUAACUCCUUAGUUAGAAGAGGAAUCCGCGGGGUUGUGUUAGUUUCGGCUAGUGAUGAUGAUAUUAAUGAAUUUAUAAGACAAUUUCCCUUGUCGGCUCACCACGUCCACGCUAUUAGCCUAAAAGGAUGCACAAUAACAGAUAGAGGGCUUGAAGCGAUUUUGGAUCACCUACAGGUUCUGUUUGAACUAGAACUAACUGGUUGCAAUGAAAUAACAGAAGCUGGUUUAUGGGCAUGCCUAACUCCACGAAUUGUCUCACUCACGCUUACUGACUGCAUUAACAUUGCUGACGAAGCCGUAGGAGCAGUGGCGCAACUCCUGCCGUCCCUAUACGAAUUCUCCCUACAAGCGUACCAUGUAACGGAUGCGGCGCUCGGCUACUUCUCGCCCAAACAGAGCGCCUCGCUCAGCGUGCUGAGGCUGCACAGUUGCUGGGAACUUACCAAUCACGGCGUCGUCAAUAUUGUGCAUUCACUUCCCAACCUGACCGUACUGUCACUAAGCGGGUGCAGCAAAGUGACGGAUGAGGGCGUAGAACUCCUAGCUGAGAAUUUGCCGCGGCUCCGCUGCCUCGACCUGAGCUGGUGUCCGCGCGUCACCGACAACGCGCUGGAGUACAUCGCUUGCGACCUCAACCACCUGGAGGAGCUGACUCUAGACCGUUGCGUGCACAUAACGGAUAUAGGCGUGGGUUACAUCAGUACGAUGCAAUCGUUAGUGGCGCUGUUCCUGCGCUGGUGCUCACAGCUCCGUGACUUUGGCGUACAACAUCUCUGCGGCAUGCGGUCGCUGCAGCUGCUGUCACUGGCCGGUUGCCCGCUUCUAACGUCAGGCGGUCUCUCAAGCCUGAUCCAACUGCGGCAGCUCCGCGAGCUCGAGCUGACCAACUGCCCCGGCGCCUCGCCCGAGCUCUUCGACUAUCUGCACGAGCACCUGCCGCGGUGCACCAUCAUUGAGUAACCACAUCAAUUCAACAGGUACAAGUGAGAAAUUAUUUUCGUUGCAAUCAAUACUACUACCAAAGGGAAUUUGAAUUAGAGAGUUACUGUCAUGGUAAAUUAGGUAGCUACAGUACAUUUACUGCCAUUCUUUCGACAGAAGAUUAAAACUCUUAGAACGCCAUUUAACUGUGAUCAUUAUUCUUUCACUGAUAUGUGUUAAUUUUGUUAAAUUUUAAUAUUAACUCCAUCUACUCGAGAGUAGGCUGAAGGUUAUGGCGCCAUCGCUGGAAAAGAUUGCACCAUACCUUUGGCCUACCGUCGAGUAGAUGGCGUUAAUAUUAAUAUUUAACAAGUUAACACAUAUCAGUGAAAGAAUAAGGAUCAAAGUCAAAUGGCGUUCUAACAGUUAUAAUCUUCUGUCGAAAGAUGGCAGUAAAUUUACAGCGGCUACAUAAUUUACUUAAACAAUCCGCAUCUAUACACUCUAUUCUCAUUGCUACUACUGAAGUACGUCAUGUUGUAUGAUGCCGUUUGAUCAGUAUUUGUGACGUUUUCGACCGAAACGUAACACAUUGUCAGUUGUCGAUAAGGUUGAUUUUAAAUCGGAGCUAUAUGGAAAUAGUGCGUUAUUGACAACCGACAAGUACACUUUUGGUUGAAAAUGGUACAUUUAUUAUUUUUAGAGAUGGGUCGAAAGUACGGUUCAGAUCUUACCGAACCGAAUAUUCGGUUCAUCUGUAUCAUUAUAAAAAACUGUUUGAAAAUGAUUCAAUUAAAUUCGCAGCCAAAGAUGAAACUAAUAGGUCAAAAGCAAGGGAUGAAGGGACUCGCAAAUAAAUCACCAUUUAUUUAAUUACACAAACGGGUCUCCCACGAUAUAAUUUCAUUGUUUUUACCUUUAAUUCCGACGUUUCAGCUGAGCGGUAGACCCGUUUGUGUAAUUAAAUAUGUGUACAAAACGCGAGAGUUUAAAGUGUUAUAAAUCACCAUUCUCCAAAUAAUCAUAACAUCCCAUGGAUUCAACAUGCCGCAUGAUGAAACUCUUGUGGUGUAAUGUCAACUAGCCGAAUAUAAUAUAAUAAUUAAUUACAGUGAAACCUGGAUAAGUGAGAUCUCAAGGGACGAGCAAAUUUGUCUCACUUAAAGAGGUUUUCCACUUACCCAGGCUCCCAGUUAGCCAGGUACAAAUAAAUUUCUGUCUCAUUUACAGAGGGUCCCAUUAAUAGAGGUGAGAAUAGAGUAUAUUUCAGUUAUGGAGGUGGUUAAUAAGGUAUUUACUAAUUAUCUUUAAAAAUAAAUAAGGUAUAAUAAUCCUUGUCCCUAAAUAUUUUUUAAGUCUGUUUAAAUAUUUCUUUGAAUUUAUUUUGAAUGAUUCUCCAAAGGAUAGAUAUUUCAAAAUUAAAUUAAAUUUGAUACGGACUUCAUUGCGUAUUAGAAAUUUAAUAAAUAAAAAAAAUAUUUUUUCGUGUUACUUAUCAAAAUUUCAGCUUUUGUUUCGAUAGUUUUAACUACUUACAUAAAUUAACUUAAUCCAACCUCGAAGUUGUUUAGUUAGACACAAUUAGGCAAAUGCGGACUUUGUGGAUAGACUAAGAGUUAGUAAGAAUACGGAAAUUGUUCAAUGAAGUCCAAGUUAGAGAGGUCAUAGAUUGACGUUAUCUCAGAUACAGAAGUCAAUUCCCUUUAAAAUUCUAAAAAAAACAAUUAGUAAAAUGUAAUCUUAUAAAUAUAGUCUCAGUUAAAGAGGUAAAAUACACUCUCUGUCUCAAUUAUAGAGGUAAAUGUGACUAUAAAAUCACAACAACGAAUCCCAGUUAUAGAGGUUCGUUUUUUCUCAGUAACAGAGGUAAUUCAGUGCUAAAGUGUCGGGACCGCACCAUGAGUCCCAGCUAUAGAGGUUUCUCACUUAUCCAGGUCCCACUUAACCAGGUUUCACUGUAUUACCGAAUCUAUCUCCUAUCUCCAAUUCUUAGUAUAGCGAAACAAAGCGGUUCUAUUUUAGUUUAAAUUAUAAUUUAUAAUGAUUUGUUGAUACAUAACUUUUCAUUAUAAAGUAUACAGAUUACCUAUAAGGGGGAAGAUUGCAACGAAAUUAAUUUUGACUCAUUUAUUAUAGCGCCACCUUGCAGACACUUAUAGACCUCGAUUUGAUCAUCAGUAAUGGGCAAGAUGGCGGCAUCCAGUUGUGGAAUUUGGUCAAACAAACGAAAAAGCCUCCAGCACGAUAUGUUAAAUUUUCUUAGCAAUAUAUUGCAGGCUAUAUGUUUGUUUGUUCGUUUGGUCUAAAUCCAAUAACUACGAAACAUUACAAAAUGAAAAUAUUUAUAUUUUUACGACGCACGUAUUAUUUUUAUUUAUAAUGUAGUAUUUCUGGUCCUUUUAUUAUUGAUUUCGUUUAUUGCUCAUCUUUGGAUUUAAUGGCAAUAUAAUUAUACAUAUUUUGAUUUUAUACCUAUUUAUUUAGGUACCUAUAUAGAAAAUAAGGAUAAGUCAAUUGUUUAGUUUUUGUAAUUAUUAAGAUAUGUUAUUAUAUUUACAUAAAUGGUUAAAUAUUUCUUCUAGAACUGUUUGUAUUGAUCGUUUUGCAGAAGCGUCGCAGAACAGUUCAGAACACCUACCGUUGCUAAACACACAAUAUGAACAAGUUCUAACUAUUUGCUCAAAUUGUUUUAAAUGUUAUGUCGGGAACUGCGUCUGAAAAGAAUAUUAUAAAAGUAUUUAUGUAAUGAUUUACUAAUCAGCUUGUACAUAUUUAAAUUAAAAUGGGAUAAUUUUAAUAAGUGUUUACAUUAUUUGCGUGAUUUUUAGCAGAUAUGAGCAGAUUAUCUAUUGAAAAUACUGAAAUGCAUCUACUUGAGUGAAAUUUUUGAAAAGAGCCUAAAUGUAAUCAUGUAAUUUAACCGUUUUGACCCGUGUAUUUUUCUUCUAUACCAAUACAUAAAUACGAGUAUUAAGUACCAUGAUGUAUGUGUAUUUCCGUUGUAUUAAAUUCUAAAUAACCUCCUUUAGAAUUUCGUAGUUUAAAUUGGUACAGUUUAUGUAAUAUGUAUUACCUCUUUGUAAAUAAGAUCUGCAUUAUCGGUAUACCUAUAGAGCCAUGAGACUUCAGUAAAGGCCUCUAUAGUAUAUAAUACUGUAUAACAAUAUAAUCAUAUUUAAAACUCUUUUUUCCGAUUGACGAUUUUGGUGUGUAGCACUGUUUUCCCAGUUCAUAAAAUAUAAUAAAAUUAUUUGUGCUGUUCUCAGAGGGAACUGAAUUUGGUAAGUGCAUAGGUCUCGAAACGUUAAUAAUAGCUUAAGCGGCGACCACAUCAAGGUUCCUUUUCCUGAAAGCGACACAUUUGUAACAUAAUCUACUUUCCGUAACAUUGUAUAAAUUUCUUAGAGAAAGUUUCCAUUUGUCUUUCAAACUUCACAUUUCUACAGAAAACUAUUCUAUCCACUCAACUCAAUGGAACCGGAAAAAUGUUAGCGGAUAUUACAUAAAAUAAAGACUUUUAUGAACGUUUUCGUAUUGAAAAUCUAGUCAAGAUUAUGGGAAGUUCAAUACAAUACAUUUAAAGAAAAGUUCAGUAUUUGCAUGUUUUGGCUAUUUUAUUUAUAAAGAAAUGAGCGUACAAUAUUUUUAAUUUGUCGCUAUACCGUCCGAAGUUGUGAGUUUGAGUGUGCGUGUGCCUGUGUGAUGUGAACACCUAAGUUCGUAUCCAUACGACAGAAAUGCUUGAUACCUUGUAUGUGUUAGAUACCCUACUUUCCAAGGUAACGUUUCCAAAUGUUCGUGUGUAUUCGGCCUUAGAUUAUUAGUAUUAUUAGUUAAGUCGUGAUACUCUGCACAGACCAGUCGUAUCCUAGACUAAAACACCAAGCAUUAUAUUUAUGAAUGCCACGUUUUUCUAAAACAAACGAUGCAUUUAAUCUUAAGCAUAAUUUUUCGGCGGCAACUAGUACUAUAAGUAUAGUAACGUUGCAUGUACCAGAACACAUCAGCCUUCUGGUUAGUUUUUCCUUUUAGAAGACAAGGCAGAUGGUUGAUGUGUAUCGUAUAUAAAUAUAUGCUUUGCAAAUAGAAUGGUAAAGAAGUGCUCUUGAAGUUUAAUAAGGUGUUAUUUCAGGCAUAUUAUCGUAUUAUAUGUUAGCAACGUACGAUAACAAGGUAUUUAACCGAUCAUGGCCGAUGCCCACUAAAAAAUUGGGGAUAUUUUAGACACGAACAAUUACGAGACUACUAUAAAUGAAUACAAUGAACUUGAAAAUUACAAUUUCAUUGAUAAUGAAAAUGCUCAAGGUGGAGAUUGAAAUUUCACCUGUAACUUCAUUACUUUAAGUUUCAUUAUUGUUCGUAUCUAAAAAUUCGUUGCCGCUAGUGAGCGCCAGCCAUAACCGUUGCCUUGUGGUCAAAUUAUCGGUUCCCAUAGCAAUAUUAGCAGCGUAGCCCACGUUCUUCACGUUAUGCCUGACGUAUCGCCUACUACAAUAAACGAUCGAGCAUAUUGUUGUAUCGGUUUGGAUUUUUCUAGUCAUGGAAUUAUUUAUACCUAAACAAAAUGUAGUACUUAGCAUUUCCUAUUCGGUAAUCCUGUGACAGUUUUAAAGUAGUGUGUAAUGAGAAAAUGAAAAGUAUGUAUUCUUAACGCGUGUAGUGUGUUUAAAAGAUUUGCAAUAACAAUAUAGACUGGGGAUUCACGUAGACAGACUGUUAAUAGAUUUAUAUACUUACUACUGUACUGUAUCAUCAAGUCAAUGCAAACUGUGAAAGUAAACAUUGUUGUUUAUCUAAAGUAAGAACGAAAAGCAUGAAGAAUUUCGCGAAUUGACCCGCCUGUUCCUAUCUCUGUCGGACGCGCGUAAUUAUAUUGCUAUCCCCCCGAUGCCGGCGGUCAAUGACACUGUGCAAGCGGGACAGCAAUAUAAGUAACCCUUUUCCAGGCAUAGUACGAUCAUCGACCACUUUAGCAUUCCACUUUACAUUGCACUUUUUGCACUUUCGGAAAAUUUGAGUUGUCUUCAAAUGAAUCAUCAAAGCUGGAUUAACUGGAAUAUAUUUGGAUUUUUCGGGAAAACCUUGUAGAUAGGCGCGGCCUGGAAAAGGGUUAAUGUUUAUACGUACUUCAUGCUAUGAUUCAAGAAUGCAAAAGUAUUCGGACACUGAAAUUUUUGCCUUUGGAUAAUUUGAAUGUCGGUCAAUGAUCGAAAAUUAGGGAGGUUUUAGUCACAAUAGUGUCAUACAGUUUGCAUUGACUUGCGGCGCGUGAGUGUGAGUAAAAUUAAAAUAGAAUACCUAUCUACUUAAAAUAAUUCAUAGUAACAUACAAAAUUUAUAGUAGAUACGUAAUUGAAAGGAAAUAUUGGUUUGAAGUUGCCUUUUAGGUCGUAUCAUCUGUGGUGGAAUAGCAAUAUGUCAAUUGUAAUUUGAACACGUUUACACUAUAAACGUGCCAGAACGUCUUCGAUAUAGAGGUACCUAGUCUUACAGUUACAUGUAACUACUAUCUCCUGUAGUUCAAAUUUCAUGUAAACAACUCCUACUGUCGAUUGAAACUACCAUAAUAAUCUGAACCGGAAUAUUAUAAAAAGAAUUAAGUUUUGAAAGGAAAUGGACACAUGAGGAGUCAGUUUUAUAGUGAUCAGUACUUGGAUAACUGGACCAUGGAUGGUAUAGGUAAAUACGGCGUGUUUUGUAUAUAAACAAUUAAAUUAGUAAAAUAAUAUAGUGUGUUACGUAUAUAAAUCUCACAUUGUUGACGAGGCGAGAUUCCUUCUCCAUUGCUUUACAACGGUUGUAAUGAAAUCUUAAAAAGCAAUAACUACAAUGUUAAAAGUUAUCUGCCUAAUAAUUCUUGGUUUUAAAUUUAAUGUUCCGUGCCUGUAACAUUUCUUGUCUGUAAGCAUCGCUAAGCUGUAAGAAUUGUAUAUUAUAAAUGCCGGAGAUAUUUUUGUACAGCUUCAAAUCUUCAAUUAGUCAUAAGAAGAUGUGUUUUGCUCGAAUAAAUAAUGUUCCCUGUAGACAAAAUUGGUGUCUACUUUAACCCUGACUUGUUAACCUUUUCGACGCCUUUUCAAACACAAAAGCUGUCACUCGGGCGCCACGUCACCCAAGUGUCAAAACUGAAAUUGAUCUUUAUGCAUAUGCAAGUAGGUCUAUGUUGCUCUGUGGUCUGUGACCGAUUAAUCGGUCUUUGGCCUUGAACCUGCGGUGCGGAUAUAUCGGUCAUUGGCGUCCAAAAGGUUAAUGGGCAACUAUUCUCCGUACCUAUGUUUAAUGCACCUGCUAGAAUUUUAUUGGCAUCUGUGUAUCUCCUUUUAAUAUAUUAUAUUUAGUGAAUUCGAAAUUACACCCGAUUUGUACAAUACCCAAGUGAGAUGUUAUAGUGCAAUAUAAAUAGAUGUAUUGUUUUACCAAA